AUGGCGCUACUGAAGCAAAGCAAGGAGCAUGGUUCCAGAAAGAAAUGGAUGGAUGAUAUUUCCUGCUAUUUCUGUAAGGAAAAGGGGCAUGUGAAAAAGAAAUGCCCAAAGUUCUUGGAGCGGACACUAGAACAUAAAGGAAAUGGAAAGAAGGGCAAGUCAGCAUUAAAAAGAUUGCAAAUGCGGAAAGAACGUAGAGAUGCAAAUGGACCUCGAUCAAAAAUAGGGGUUAGCUCUAUUACUAAUGAAGCUGGCAUGUAUAUGCGGGCAAACAUACAGGGCGCGGAGACCACAUGUCUUGUUGAUACAGGAGCGUCGCUCUCCUUGCUGUCUGCUAAAUUUUACAAUAGCAUGUCAGAGCAGUGUCGGCCAGUCCUGGCAGCAACUAAAUGUACAGUCGCAGCUGCCAGAGGCAGCGAUCUUGUCUUACAUGGCAAAGGAAUGUUUGAUGUACAAAUAGAUAGUGAGGUGAUCAGAUUGGAACUGAUAGUAGCAGAGAUCAGUACAGAGGGAGGCAUUCAUGGUCUUGAUUUUCUGAGAGCUAUAGAUGCAGUGAUUGAUGUAAAGCAGGAAAGCUUACAAAUCAGGGGAAGACAUGUACCUCUCGUUUUUCAAGGACCAUUUGGAUGCCGAAGGAUUUCAGUAGUAGAAACAGUUAGCCUCCCCCCUUGCUCAGAAAUGAUUGUACCAGGAAGGGUAUUGCAGACAAAAAGCAAUACACGUAGUUAUAAAGGCUUAGGUGUAGUUGAACCGACAGAGAAAUUCUUGAGUUCGGAAAGGUCAUUAGUGGCCAGGACAUUGGUACAAUGUAGGGAAGUACUGCCCGUUCGUGUACUAAAUCCCUCAAAUGAACCUCAAGUUAUCUAUGCUGGGACAGUGGUAGGAGAACUGUCACCAGCAGGAAAGGUGUUUGACAUGUGCCAGUCUUUGAAUCCGACCAAGGUAGGUGAGAACAAAGAGCUGCAACAUCUGUUGGAGAAAACAGUGGAGAAGCUUGCACCAGAACAAGCUAAAGGAGCGAAUAAACUCCUAGAAGAGUAUCAAGAUUUAUUUGCGUCCUCAAAUAGCGACCUGGGGCACACGGAUAUAGUCCGGCAUGAGAUAAAAACGGGAGAUGCACAACCAAUUAAACAACCCCUUCAAUGA